CGGCUCCAAGACCGACUCUAGCAGCAAUCGCUUCGCCUCGGAGCUUCAUCCUUCUGUCUACAACCUGCAGACAUGGACCUGGAGGUGCUGAUGUGCCCGGCGCUGUCGCUUCGCAUCCUGCCCGCGUCCGCGCUCUAGCCGUGCGCUCCAGUCCGAGGCGCGUCCCGCUGCUGACCAGGAGGGGACUGUUAUUAUUUUGUCGGUCGCUGAGACAUCACUGUAAAGGAGAGAGAGAGAGAGGGGACAGAGCAGAGACUGAGGAGAGAGGACCACACAGUCGUGACAGCAGAGGCCGUUUUGAGGAUAUUCGGGAAGUGAGAGUGGCUUUUUGUUGUCCUCCAUGAUGGCGAGCGACUCUCCAGCUCGGAGUCUGGAUGAAAUAGACCUGUCCGCUUUGAGGGACCCCGCUGGCAUCUUUGAGCUGGUGGAGCUGGUGGGAAAUGGUACCUAUGGGCAGGUGUACAAGGGUCGACAUGUUAAGACAGGGCAGCUGGCAGCCAUCAAGGUCAUGGAUGUCACUGGGGAUGAGGAAGAGGAGAUUAAGGCUGAAAUCAACAUGCUGAAGAAGUACAGCCACCAUCGGAACAUCGCCACCUACUAUGGAGCCUUCAUCAAGAAAAACCCUCCUGGCAUCGAUGAUCAGCUAUGGCUGGUGAUGGAGUUUUGCGGGGCCGGCUCUGUGACCGACUUGAUCAAGAACACGAAAGGCAACUCUCUGAAGGAGGAGUGGACCGCCUACAUCUGCCGAGAGAUCCUGAGGGGUCUGACUCAUCUGCACCAACACAAGGUCAUCCACCGAGACAUCAAGGGACAGAACGUCCUGCUGACGGAGAACGCAGAGGUCAAACUAGUGGACUUUGGUGUGUCAGCCCAGUUGGACCGGACAGUAGGCCGCAGGAACACGUUUAUUGGGACGCCAUAUUGGAUGGCGCCUGAGGUCAUCGCCUGUGAUGAGAACCCAGACGCCACCUACGACUUCAAGAGUGAUCUGUGGUCGUUGGGGAUCACAGCAAUAGAGAUGGCUGAAGGAGCUCCACCGCUGUGUGACAUGCACCCAAUGAGAGCGCUCUUCCUCAUCCCACGCAACCCCGCACCCAGACUCAAGUCAAAAAAAUGGUCCAAGAAGUUCCAGUCGUUCAUAGAGAGUUGUCUGGUAAAGAGCCACAGCCAGCGACCCAGCACAGAGCAGCUGCUCAAACACCCGUUCAUCAGAGAUCUGCCCAACGAGAGGCAGGUCCGCAUCCAGCUGAAAGACCACAUCGACCGCACCAAGAAGAAGAGAGGAGAGCGGGACGAGACAGAGUACGAGUAUAGCGGCAGCGAGGAAGAGGAUGAAGAGAGAGACAUGGGAGAGCCAAGCUCCAUCAUCAACAUCCCCGGGGAGUCAACCUUGAGGCGGGACUUCCUGCGUCUCCAGCUGGCCAAUAAGGAGCGCUCGGAGGCGAUGAGGCGACAGCAGCUGGAGCAGCAGCAGAACGAGGAGCACAAGCGCCUACUGCUGGCCGAGAGACAGAAACGCAUCGAGGAGCAGAAGGAGCAGAGGAGGCGGCUGGAGGAGCAUCAGCAGCGAGAGCGUGAGCUGAGGAAGCAGCAGGAGAGGGAACAGAGGAGGCGCUACGAGGAGAUGGAGCAGCUCCGUCGAGAGGAGGAGAGGAGGCAUGCGGAGAGAGAACAGGAGUAUAUCCGUAGACAGUUGGAAGAAGAGCAGAGGCAGUUAGAGAUUCUCCAGCAGCAGCUACUACAGGAGCAGGCGUUAUUGCUGGAGUACAAGCGUAAACAGAUAGAGGAGCAGCGGCAGGCAGAGCGGUUACAGAGGCAGCUCCAGCAGGAGAGAGCCUACCUGGUGUCUCUACAGCAGCAGCAACAACAUCAGCAGCAGCAGCAGCAGCAGCAGGAGGGAAGGCAAGCGGAGAAGAAACAGCUUUACCACUACAAAGAUGCCAUCAACCCUAAUGACAAGCCCGCCUGGGCCAAAGAGGUGGAGGAGCGCUCUAAGCUGAACAGACAGAGCUCCCCAGCACUGCAGCACAAAGUGUCCAACCGCAUCUCCGACCCCUCCCUCCCUCCCCGCUCCGAGUCCUUCAGCAGCGGGGGCAUGCAGCCCGCCCGCACCCCACCCAUCCACCGCUCCAUCGAACCACAGAUGGCCCACCUGGUCCCAGUUAAGACCCACACCUCCAUGUCCGGCUCCCAGUCUCUGCAGGACCAAACGGGCUCAGCCCUGGUCGAGGGGGUUAGCGUGAGCUCCCCCAGGCCUGAGAUGCCCCGGCAGAACUCAGACCCCACCUCUGAUACCCCUGCUCUACCGCCACGCAUCACCGGCCGAGACGACCGGGACAGGGACCGGGAGCGAGAUCGGGAGCGAGAUCGGGAGCGAGACCGGGAGCGAGACCGGGAACGAGACCGGGAACGAGACCGGGAACGAGACCGGGAGCGAGACCGGGACAGGGAUAGGACUGCCUGGCUGAGAGAGGAGGACAUCCCACCCAAGGUUCCACAGAGGACCACUUCCAUCUCCCCAGCCCUGGUGAGGAAGAACUCCCCUAACGGAGGAGUAGGUCUGGGCCCUCGCGCUGGAUCUCAGCUCAUACGGGCCAGUAACCCAGACCUGCGGCGCUCCGAGCUCUCUCUGGACGCCGUGCUGCAGAGAACCUCCUCCAACUCCUCCUCGUCCUCCUCCCCUUCAUCUCAGGGAGGCUCAGCAGAGAGGAGAGGUCAAACCAAGCAGGAAGGAUCCCCUCCAGGAGCCAAUCAGGAGCCAAAGCCCAAACAAGAAGAAGGUCGCGAGUCAGCUAGACCUAGCAGACCUGCAAGCUAUAAGAAAGCCAUAGACGAGGACCUAAGUGCGUUAGCGAAGGAGCUCAGAGAGCUGCGGGUGGAGGAGGGCAGCAGACCUCCAGUCAAGGUGACAGACUACUCCUCCUCCAGCGAGGAAUCAGAGAGCAGUGACGAGGACGGAGAGACAGUGGGGCAUGAUGGGACUGUUGCUGUCAGCGACAUCCCACGCAUCAUGCCAGCAGUGCAGAGCAGUGGUGAGUCGUAUGGAGGGCUGACAGAGGACUCUCUGGGAGAUGCUUAUAACAGCUCCAAGGACAGCACUCUGGUGAUGAGAGAGGCAGAGGAGAGGAGGAGAGGCGGGCACACCGAGAGCAAUGGCUUUGGGAACCACAGUAACCACGGUAACCUGCCUGACCUGGUGCAGCAGAGCAACUCUCCCUCAGCCACGCCCACCACAGCCCUGCAGGAGCUGGCUGACAUGGGCGAGUUCGGUGUGGGCGGGUCCAAAGCUUCCUUCACCCCAUUUGUUGAUCCGCGUGUCUAUCAAACCUCCCCCAGUGAAAACGAUGACGAGAACUCAGCAGCAGCCAUGUUUGCCAAUGAGCUCCUGAGGCAGGAACAAGCCAGACUAAACGAAGCCAGGAAGAUCUCUGUGGUCAACGUCAACCCGACCAACAUCAGACCCCACAGCGACACGCCAGAGAUCCGCAAAUACAAGAAGCGCUUCAACUCCGAGAUCCUGUGUGCUGCACUCUGGGGUGUGAAUCUGUUGGUGGGCACAGAAAAUGGACUAAUGCUGCUUGACCGAAGUGGUCAGGGAAAAGUCUAUAACCUGAUCACCAGACGGCGUUUCCUGCAGAUGGAUGUCUUGGAGGGGCUCAAUGUACUAGUCACCAUAUCUGGAAAAAAGAAUAAACUGCGUGUCUACUACCUGUCCUGGCUGAGGAACAGGAUAUUACACAACGACCCAGAAGUGGAGAAGAAGCAGGGCUGGAUCACUGUGGGGGAGCUGGAGGGCUGUGUGCACUAUAAAGUUGUGAAGUACGAGAGGAUUAAGUUCCUGGUGAUCGCUCUGAAGAACUCAGUGGAAAUCUACGCCUGGGCUCCCAAACCCUACCACAAGUUCAUGGCCUUCAAGUCAUUCACUGAGCUGCAGCACCGUCCCCAGUUGGUCGACCUGACGGUGGAGGAAGGUCAGAGGUUAAAGGUCAUUUAUGGUUCCAGCGUUGGCUUCCAUGUCAUCGAUGUGGACUCUGGCAAUCCGUACGACAUCUACAUCCCCUCCCAUAUGAAGAUCCAGAGCCAGGUGACACCCCAUGCCAUCGUGGUGCUCCCUAAGACCGAUGGGAUGGAGAUGCUGCUGUGCUACGAGGACGAAGGUGUUUACGUCAACACCUACGGUCGAAUCACUAAGGACGUGGUGCUACAAUGGGGAGAGAUGCCUACCUCCGUUGCCUAUAUCCAUUCUAACCAGAUUAUGGGCUGGGGGGAGAAGGCCAUCGAGAUCCGGUCAGUGGAGACGGGCCAUCUGGAUGGAGUCUUCAUGCACAAGAGAGCCCAGAGACUCAAGUUCCUCUGUGAGCGGAACGACAAGGUAUUUUUUGCAUCGGUGCGCUCGGGUGGCAGCAGCCAGGUCUUCUUCAUGACCCUCAACAGGAACUCUAUGAUGAACUGGUGAUGGCUCCUCCCACUUUCUGCUCUGCCUCACUCUCCCAUUGGCCAGCCCAGCAAUCCAUCUCAGCCUAAGGCUCAUCUCGCACCAAUCAAAUAAGUCGAUGGACCGGGAGGCCGGAAGUGAACUCUUGACUAAAACACUGUAGAAAAAUGUCAAAGAUAUUGUAGAGAAAAAAAAUAAAUAAAUGAAUAAAUAAAAGACCCACUCUAAAUGAAGAGACAUGUUACCCUGGGUAUUGUUGGGUCACGCAGAAGCCAUUGCUACUCAACUGACUGGCAAACUGGUGCCACUGGCUUUCCAAAUAUCCUCUUUUUCUCUCUCUCUUUCUGUCUUUGUCUGUAUCUCUCUCUCCCUCUUUGUCCGUCUCUGUCUCUGCCCUCCGAAAGGACCAGUGCAUUCAAGUGUUCAACAACUGUAGAACCACUGUAGAGCUACACGAUACUUUUGUCUCCCUAUGUUUCUCCUCUUCCUCCUUCCUACCUCCACCUCUCCUCCCCUUCUCCCUGGUGGAUCUGAUCGUUACAUUUUCAGUCCUCCCUCCCUCCAUCUUCCCCUCCCUCAUCUCCCUCACGUCCCGCCUGCUGUGUGUGGGUUCAUUCCCCGGGAACCGCACCUCUGAGGGUGAAGGAAGAAUAGCCGAGUAAGAUUUAAUAUGAAUUUAAAUAGAUACUUCUUGAAUAUGACAGUGCGGGGAGUGGAGCGGAGGGACCUCAAAUCUCCCCAGGAUUGCUGGCGGUGAAAGCAGACUGCCUGAUUGAUUUUCUUUCUCCUCUGUCACUCCCCCCUCCUCCUCCUCCACCUCCGCUUCCUCCCUCUCUCUGUCUCCUCUGGCCCCGAGUACAUUGAAUUGUGAUUCUGUGUUCCAUCGCGUUUUGCUGAUAAAGACACGGCAAGGCGCUCCUCUGUCUUAGGUGGUCUCACGGCCCGGGGAAGCAACAGUAUGCAAAGAUGACGCCCAUGUCCCUUUAAAAACGAAAUCGCUGCUCCAUCCUGUCCUCUCCCCUCCUUCCUCCCCUCUCUCUCUCUUCCUCCUCUUCUCCUCCCCCUGCCAUCAUUGUCCUCAACCUCCCUCUCUUCACUCUUAAGUCUUUAAACUCCGAAGGUGCUGCAUCAGAUAUACUGUAAUAUUAAAUGAACAAUGAGAGCAUCGUUCUGUUCAUUAGAUCUGUGUUGUUGUUUUUUUUUCUGUUCUGCUCUUCUUCUUCUUCUUCUUUUUUUUCCCCGUGCAACAGUUUGGAGUCAGUCAGUGUCUGAAGCUUGAUGAAAUGUACAGCACAUUUGUGUCUCUGAAUCAGGAGUCUAUAUGUGGGUGUGUGUGAGUGUGAGUGUGAGCGUGUGCACGCGCGCAUGCGCGUAUGACUCGAUGUUGAAAAGACGGAGAAAAUUAGAGGCGAUUCACAUCAAGUCCCAUUCAAAUCAACGUGGAAUAAUCAAAAUGGGACAUUGAAAUCAAUGUUGAGAAAACGAAUGGAGCAAUUCUGUCCGUGUGUGAACUUCAUUUUUCCUUGAACGUGUUAAAAGCAGCAUUGAGUGCAUUUUACAUGCAGACUUAUUAUUCUGAUAUUAUCACUGAUCCAUUUUAGCUUUUUGGUGACUUAUCUAGACACCACACUCAUUUAAAAAUAGCCAGUAUGAUCAGUUUAUUUUUGCUUUCCUGUUACCAUGGCAGGAUUCAAAAUAUCCUGGUUGUUCGUGAACACAGAGAUAUUGCUAUAUAUGAAGAUUCAUAUUGACAGCUUAUCCUGAAUAUGGAUAUGAGAUAGUAUCCAGAAUACCAGUGGCAUGUAAAAGCACUCACCGUAUAUCUGGUGUCCUAUUGAAUUGUGCUCCUCCUUGAUCGAUUUUGGCUCCUAACUGUUUGUACAGUGCCUAGCAUGAUGUAAGCAAAACUGAAACGGAGGCCAACAGAUUAUUAUUAUUAUGAUUAUGAUUAAUAUUAUUAUUGCCUAUACUGUUAACACAUUUUCCUUGUGUUAUGAUUUAAUUUUAACACAUCGAUGAUAUUAUGUGUCUCUGUGAUGGAGAUGUACAUUAAUGACUUUAAGAUAAUUUGAUUUAUUCUUUGAAAGGAGUAAUCAAAUACAGUAUGAUAAAAUGUUGCCAUUUUGUUUUUGUUUUUUUUUAAAAAAAUAUGUUUAGUACUGCUCAAUCAUUAAUGCAUACUGUAUUAAGUUUGUAACACUGUAUAAAAGGUGGACUACGCCGUGCAUAAUGUUUUCUCAUCCACGUUGGAGAGCUGUGUAAUGCAGAUUAGUCUUAUGGUCCGAUGGAGAUAGUUUGACUUUGUUUUGGCCCAUGGUUCAUAGAGUCACGACUACAGAAAAUAAUAUGCAUACUCUCCAAAAACAUAAUGACCAUCUGAAUCAACUGUUUUCUUUUUCUUUGUUUUAAUUAACCGAUGAAAAGUAAGCUGUUUUUUUUCUGUCAUGUCGCCAAGGCCGACGCGGUGAUCUUUUCACACCGACAUCAUUAGGUGUUUGUAAGUUAGGUUUAAUGAAGUAGGCUCUGUUAGGGGGAGCAGGCUAACGUUUUAGCAAUAAAGAGCUGAGCUGAAGAAACUACUGUCUUCCCUGUGCGUGUGUGUGUGUGUGUAUAUCUGUGUGUGUACGUGCAUGCAGGUGUCUGUUUGUAUGUGGAGCAAGAAAGGGUGUUACUGUGCAUGUUUGUGUGUGUGUGUGUGUGGAGGGGAGGGCUAUCCCUAUAUUUGUCCAUCAUGGCAUUCACUCUUCCCAUUGGAAAGGCUGACGGUCAUUACACUGAGGACUCACUCUCCUUUCAAAGAUAAAACCACUGUAUUCUUUGUUGUUUUCUUUUUCUUUCUUGUUUUUUUCUUUACUUCGAAAGAGCAUUACUAAUGUCCUGUUUUGGGGUUUAUUUGUUUUGUAAAAGAGAUGCUGUAAGAGAGAAAUAAAUGAAACUAGAGCAUUACGCUGUCA